UUCUACUGAGCUAAGGCAGUGUCAAUUCGAGCUGUCACAAUUGAUACCACCUUGUAUUGCAUCAUGACGAUUUCCAUCAUAAGCGCCAACAACGUUGAAUAACUCGCAAAACGUCAACUACUCGAAUGAACCACCCCAACAAAAAUGACGACAAUAGCAAUAUAUAUGUACAUAUGUAUGUAUAUAUGUACAUCCAUAUGAUACAUACAUACAUGCAAUCACACCCAAUUCAAGUGACUGCCUAUACACAGCAGAGUGGCGUUGCGCUGUCGACGCUGGUGCUGCGUGGUGACGCGCACUACAUACCAGACCGACUUGGUUUUCUACAGAAAGGCAUCAAAAUGUUUUCAUUCGUUUGUUGAAUAUCGAAUAAAACGGUUCCGUAAUCUCUCCCCGGGCUUAACAAGCAAAUAAAGAAAGCAAAUACAUAUAUGUUUAUUAAACAAAACUGAAACUUAUUGAAAAUUCCGGAGCUAAACAUAAACAAAAAGCAGUUACUAAAUAAUUUCAAGAGAUUUUACUUUUUAUUAAAGUGCAAGUGCAAAGCGAAUUUUGCAAACAUAGAAAAUUAAUAAAAGCGCAGAAAAUAAAAAUUAUUCACAUGAAUAAAGUACUAAAACAUUGUUACAAAGAGUGAAUUUAAAAUUUUUCCUGUAAAUUUCUGGACAGCGUUGGAUAACUUUAUAAAAUCGACAAUUUUUAGUGAGGAACAAAGACACAAUGGAUAUUACAAUAUUGCCUUCACCGCCAGCAACGCCGCCAUUGUGCGAAAAACAAAUUGAAGCUGAUGAAAAACCAUCAGCACAGCAUUUACAUGAGGACAUGUUCAAAACAAAACUUCAUAUGCAGCUCAGUAAACAAAAACAACAAAAGAAACAACAAGAAAUUAUCACACCAAAUCCUUCAGACACCGAGGAUGAUGUUGAAACUCCACCUUGCAAGAAGCAGCGCUUUGAGCUGCCACAGCCCGUAGUUACACUCACACCACCUCCAGAAACACGGAAACAUAUGCGGUCACAAGGACAGCCGCAAUCUCAGCGAGUCAGUGUUAUUAUGCACGUCAAUAGCUUUGGCAUUUGCUCCACCAUCGACGAGAGCUCUUGCUCUUCGACCAUUUCCAACGCCUCUAUUGCGUCCAUCGCAACCACCACCAGUAGCACAUCCGCCUCAAAAGUACCUAUACUAACGUCCGAUGAUGACUGCAGCCAAACAAAUGUGUGGCGCAGCUUGAAAUUCAAAAUGAACCGCACGCAUUGCGGCAGUUUUUCAGCGGCAUCGUCUGUGCCGAAUCAGCGGCAGCCAGAGGACGAGCCAUCAGACAAACUGUUAAAAUCUCAACAUCUUAUGGACCCACCACAAUUACGUUGCACUCUGCCCUCUGUUUCAAUCUCAGCGGCAUCCAUGCAGCAGCAACAAUACACCUCCUCUCCGCCACAAUAUCAAGUAAUAGCACAGAAAAGUAUUUAUAUUACGCCGUCAGCGUCUCCCUCCGCGUCGACAGGGAGCAAUGCUUCAGUAACAAUUGCUCCAGUCAUUCCCCCUCAAUUGUCGGUACUGAACGCUAUGAUGCAAAAUGUCACAGCUAGCCCAGCAAAAAUCGCAGCGCCAACACCCAACUUAACCCCAGUGCACAAAAUGACUGCCGCGCAGAUUGCUGCUGAGCGACGACGCAUUUACGUUUGCGAAUACCCAAACUGCGGCAAAAAUUACUUCAAAUCCAGUCAUUUGAAAGCGCAUCAACGCGUACAUACUGGCGAGCGACCGUUCAUCUGCAAGUGGGAAAAUUGCGAAAAGCGCUUUUCGCGCUCGGACGAGCUGUCGCGACACAAGCGCACACACACCGGGGAGAAAAAGUUUGUAUGUAGCGUCUGUCAGAAGAAAUUCAUGCGCAGUGACCAUUUGUCAAAGCAUGUCAAGCGCCACGGCAAGGAUAAAGCAAACGGUGUGAAUCGCAAUGUGGCUGCGGCAACAAUGGCAGCCGCAGUAGCUGCCGCCUCAGUAGCUACAAGUGGACAACAGCAGGCAGGUGCGAAUAAUGUUGUUUACAGCACCAUCAAUACAACAAACUUACGUUCAAUUGCGCCAGCGGGCAGCGCGCCAGUGACGCCGAAGCAUGCGCCGGCUCCCCUCUCUGGCCUGCAGAUACAAAUCUGCAAUGCUAACGACCUUUUGCCCAUGCGGCAAGUAGGUGCGCUGCCAACGACAUUCACUAGGCUCAUUGCUGAUCAGCAGCAAUUUCAGGCGCAGCAACAACGUUAAAGCAUAAAAACGUGGUUUUAAACUUAUUAGUUAUUAAGAACACGCAAAUAUGCAUCCGUCAUUCCAAAAAUCUAGAAUAUUAAACAAAGCUGUAAAUUUGCAAGACAGUGGUAGCGAAUCAAAUUAGAAUAUAAUCGGGGCUAUCACUGAAUCAAUCGUAGUCCGAUUUCUGCGAAAUCUACGAGAAUGUCAUCGCUUUAAUCGAAAUUGCUACGAACGGACGCAUUUGUUGUUAUUUGAAUUAAUUGAUAGAUUUUACGUAGAAUCAUUCAACGAUGUAUUCAGUGAUCGUACUGAAAGUGUGGAUAAGAGUUUUAAUUAAAAAUAAAGAAACCUUUAAAUUUCUGAUUU